GCCCGCGAAGUCUGAGGCUCGGGGCGUGGGGAGGCUUUGAGGUAGGGUCCUCGUAGAGCCUAAACGUCCCCAGGUUCCCCUAGGGCUUGUCACUCCGCAGAGAUCCUGCCCGGGAGCGGUUGCUUUUGCUAAGGAGAACUGAGAUUUCAGAAUGACUUCAAUCUUGACUUCCACUUUUAAAAACCUUUCUACUACAUCAAAAUGGGCCCUCAGAUUUUCUAUAAGACCUCUGAGCUGUUCUUCCCAACUACAAGCUGCCCCAGCUGUCCAGACUAAAUCAAAGAAGACCUUAGCAAAACCCAAUGUAAAGAAUAUCGUGGUUGUGGAAGGUGUCCGCAUUCCAUUUUUGCUGUCAGGCACUUUGUAUAAAGACCUGAUGCCACAUGAUUUGGCUAGAGCUGCACUGUCGGGUUUGUUGCAUCGGACCAAUGUUCCAAAGGAUGUUGUUGAUUAUAUCAUCUUUGGUACAGUUAUUCAAGAAGUAAAAACAAGCAAUGUGGCUAGAGAGGCUGCACUAGGAGCUGGCUUCUCUGACAAGACUCCUGCUCACACUGUCACCAUGGCUUGCAUCUCUUCAAACCAAGCCAUGACCACAGCUGCUGGCCUGAUUGCUUCUGGCCAGUGUGAUGUGGUUGUGGCUGGGGGUGUUGAGUUAAUGUCCGAUGUUCCUAUUCGUCAUUCAAGGAAAAUGAGAAAAAUGAUGCUUGAUCUCAAUAAAGCCAAGAGUCUGGGCCAGCGACUGUCCUUACUCUCUCAAUUCAGAUUGAAUUUUCUAUCACCUGAGCUCCCUGCAGUGGCUGAGUUCUCUACUAAUGAGACCAUGGGCCACUCUGCAGACCGACUAGCUGCUGCCUUUGCUGUUUCUCGACUGGAACAGGAUGAAUAUGCACUACGCUCUCACAGUUUGGCCAAAAAGGCCCAGGAUGAAGGUCACCUUUCCGAUAUUGUACCCUUCAAAGUACCAGGAAAGGACACAGUCACCAAAGAUAAUGGCAUCCGACCUUCCUCACUGGAGCAGAUGGCCAAACUAAAACCUGCAUUCAUCAAACCCUAUGGCACAGUGACAGCUGCAAAUUCUUCUUUCCUGACUGAUGGUGCUUCUGCAAUGCUGAUUAUGUCAGAAGACAAAGCUCUGGCCAUGGGUUAUAAACCAAAGGCAUAUCUGAGGGAUUUUAUAUAUGUGUCCCAGGAUCCAAAAGAUCAGCUUUUACUCGGACCAACAUAUGCUACUCCAAAAGUUCUAGAAAAGGCAGGAUUAACCAUGAAUGAUAUUGAUGCUUUUGAAUUUCAUGAAGCCUUCUCAGGUCAAAUUUUGGCUAACUUUAAAGCCAUGGAUUCUGAUUGGUUUGCGCAAAACUACAUGGGUAGGAAAAUCAAGGUUGGAUCACCUCCUCUGGAGAAAUUUAAUGUCUGGGGUGGAUCGCUGUCUCUGGGGCACCCUUUUGGAGCCACUGGCUGCCGGUUGGUCAUGGCAGCUGCCAACAGAUUGCGUAAGGAUGGAGGCCAGUAUGCCUUAGUGGCUGCCUGUGCAGCUGGAGGGCAGGGUCAUGCAAUGAUAGUGGAAGCUUAUCCAAAAUGAUUGCUUUGAGGAGGCGACCUGAUUUCUGUGCAGCAUUCACUCACACUGGGCAAUGCCAUUUCAAUGCACUACUAAGUGACACCUAUAGUUCCUAGCUCCUCUUAGGAAAACAACAUUUGUGGCCUUCUGUUAAAUACUUUACAAUCACGCCUUGCCAGUGUUCUGAGCUUUUCAAUAGUCACAGCUUAUAUACUUUUGGGGGAUUUCUAAGUUACAGACUAUCACACAGAUAUAUGUAAGCAGUUGUUGAUCUCUUUUUUCAUAAAGGCUAAUGAGUGGUUACAGUUUGGAAAGAGGUUAGCUAAGGUUUGGAAUCAUCUUUGUAACAUUUACAGACUCUUCCUUUCCUAUCUGUGUCAUAGAGAUAAUUGUUUUUCUCUAAAAUAUAAACCAAUGUGCCUCAAUUAACUCAUUAUGGAAAAAAAUAAUAAUUAAGCAUCACUGAAAACUGAAAUGUUUAGAGACAUAAAUACCAUGGUGGUUAACCUUAAUAAAGUAGAGAAAUAUUGAA